GAAAAUUUUCCUUCUUGUUUCAAUGUAAUAAACCAUAUUUAAUCAUUUCUACUUUGCUUGAAGUUUUCUCUUAUGCCAAAGAAGACAAGUACCUCCAAAGUUUGAAAGCUUCUACCAAGACGCACAGACGGUCAUUGAUAUAUAUUUAAAUUACGACUGUGAAUUGGCUUUGUCGAAUAUCUUUCAAAGAUUGAUCAAUGAUUUGUCUAAAGUUGCCCAAGGACGUCAAGCUAUUGAAUUAGGAGCGACACCAGUUCAAGAACGCAGUAUUCGUAUCAAAGGUCUGGAAUGUCUCGUUUCUAUUCUUAAAUGUAUGGUAGAAUGGAGCAGGGAUCUUUACUUUAAACCUGAUUCUCAGGUGGACGAUAAUUUUGACUAUGAUUGGUGAGCUGAUUGGUGAUCCAGGACAAUAUGAACGGGAGAUAAUGUACGCCUAUAUAGAUCAGUUGGAUUUCACUGGUACCAAUCUUGUGCAAGCUCUGCGAUUGUUCUUACAUAACUUCCGGCUUCCCGGUGAAGCGCAAAAGAUCGAUCGACUCAUGGAGAAGUUUGCGAGUAGGUUCUGUGAAACGAACCCAAAUGACGAUGUGUUUGCUAGUGCAGACGCUGCCUACGUUCUGGCUUAUUCUAUCAUCAUGUUGACUACUGAUCUACAUAGUUCACAGGUUAAACGGAAGAUAACGAAAGAGCAGUACAUUCAAAUGAAUCGUGGUAUAAAUGACAGUAAAGAUCUUCCAUCUGAAUAUCUUGAAGCAAUUUAUGAUGAUAUUGCACAGAAUGAAAUCAAGAUGAAACAUACACCAAAAGUGAACAGUAGAUACGAUGCUACAUAUUUACAAAGUGAGAAACAUCGUCGUAUGUUGUAUUCUAUGGAAAUGGAGCAGAUGGCGGAAAACGCCAAAACACAAAUGGAAGACGUGAGUCAUAUUCAGACGGAUUUUGUCACGGCGACACAGAUUGGUCACGUGAAGACAAUGUUCAAGGUUGCAUGGAGUCCGUUUCUUGCCGCGUUCAGCGUCAAUCUACAAGACAACGACGAUCCUUCUGUUGCUUCAUUUUGUCUUGAUGGAAUCCGCUGUGCAAUACGAAUAUCUUGCAUAUUCAGCAUGCCUUUGGAAAGAGAUGCUUUCGUACAAGCGCUAUCCAGGUUCACUUUACUUACUGCGACCAGUGGCACGCAUAUUCAUGAAAUGAAAACGAAGAACAUCGAGACGAUCAAGACACUUCUUACCAUCGCUCAAACGGAUGGUAAUUACAUCGGGAAGUCUUGGCUCGAGAUACUGAAAUGCAUUUCCCAACUUGAAUUGGCUCAACUUAUCGGUACUGGUGUGAAAACGCGAUACCUUCACACGGCGUCCAGCGGUGUUACUAAUUCACCCACAGCAUUCACCGCAAACAACAAGACAUCUUAUGAUAUAACCUCAGGUCGGAUGCCUGUUGCCGCUGACUCGAAAAAAGCGGCUGGCUCACAGGAAGCCAUUGGGGAGACCGCUGCACAAAGUGUUGUCGUUGCAGUUGACAGAUUUUUCACGGGAUCAGUGAAACUGGAUGGUGAUGCUAUCGUCGAUUUCGUGGGAGGUUUACGUCAAGUCUCGAAAGUUGAGCUUUCCAAUCCUACAAUGAUACGUAUGUUUAGUCUGCAGAAGAUCGUAGAGAUUACUUAUUACAAUAUGGGUCGUAUUCGGCUGCAAUGGUCACGAAUAUGGGCUGUGUUGGGAGAUCAUUUUAACAAGAAAUCAGAAUGGAUGACAACAACUUAUAAUCACGCGCUAUAUGCUAUCAUCGAUGUUUUUACUCAGUAUUUUGAUAUUCUUGCUGAAAUUCUUCUUGAUGGUAUGUAUGGCCAUCUAGAGUUGUGUGUCAAAUAAGAUAACGAGCAGUUGGCGAGGUCUGGUACCAAUUGUUUGGAAAAUCUCGUCAUAUCCAAUGGCAGCGCGUUCUCCAAAGACGUCUGGGAAAAUACAUGUCAAUGUGUAAAGACGAUAUUUGAAUCAACUAUACCUCACGAACUAUUGAAAUGGAGACCCGCUGACC